GUCGCUCUGGAAAGUUCGGUGCCCUGCCUCCUCGUGAAGCGUCUAGAAGGUGCUGCUAGCCUUUAUAUUCAUAACUCUCUCUCAAAUAUAUCUGUAUACACACACACACACACACACACACACACACACACGUGGUUGUGUUAGUUUUGUAACCUGCUACGGAACAGCUGGGUUAAUAUUAUAUAAGUACAACAUUAGCUGUAAGGACAGAGAGCUGACACACGUCACGUCCCUUUAAUACGACCGUAAAACUUACACGUUUUAGUGCUAAAAUGACUGCAGAAGACGUGUUAAACGACGGGCAGAACAUCCCUAUGGAGGGUGAGGACAUCACACCUAAGAAAGAUGGAGGAGUUUUGAAGCUGGUGAAAAAAGAGGGCACGGGUACAGAGACACCUAUGACAGGUGACAAAGUGUUUGUGCACUACGUCGGCACUCUUUUGGAUGGCACGCAGUUCGACUCCAGCCGUGACCGAGGAGAGAAAUUCUCAUUCGAGUUAGGAAAAGGUCAGGUGAUUAAAGCAUGGGAUAUCGGUGUGGCAACAAUGCGCAUUGGUGAAAUCUGUCAAUUGAUUUGCAAACCCGAGUAUGCAUACGGGUCUGCUGGAAGCCCACCCAAAAUUCCACCCAACACCACCCUAGUGUUCCAGGUUGAGUUGUUUGAUUUUCAUGGUGAGGACAUCACAGAGGAUGAAGAUGGUGGUAUUGUUCGUAGAAUCAUCACUAAAGGAGAGGGUUACUCUAAACCAAACGAGGGUGCAUCUGUUGAAGUGCAUGUGGAAGGAACGCACGAGGGACGCGUGUUUGACGAUCGGGAUCUGAAGUUUGAGGUGGGAGACGGGGAGAGUCUUGACCUCCCACUCGGAGUGGAGAAAGCGCUGCAGGCUAUGGAAGAGGGCGAGAUGUCCCUGUUCACCAUCAAACCAAAAUACGGCUUUGGCAAUGUGGGCAAACCCAAAUUUAACAUUCCACCGGGGGCAACACUGGAAUACAAAAUCACACUGACAAAAUUCGAGAAGGCUAAAGAAUCCUGGGAGAUGAACACCAGUGAGAAACUGGAACAGAGCCUUAUCAUCAAAGAGAAAGGAACUCAGUACUUCAAAGAUGGCAAAUAUAAGCAGGCUGUGGUGCAGUAUAAGCGCAUUGUGUCCUGGCUGGAGCACGAGUCCAGCCUGGAAGGUGAAGACGAAGAGAAAGCCAAAGCCCUGAGAUUGGCAGCUCACCUCAACCUGGCCAUGUGCUACCUAAAACUACAGGAUCCCAGCCCCAGCCUUGAGAACUGUGACAAGGCACUGGAACUGGAUGCAAACAACGAAAAAGCUUUGUUCAGGCGAGGAGAAGCGCUGUUUGCGAUGAAGGAGUUUGAUCGGGCGAGAGGAGACUUCCAGCGUGUGGUACAGUUGUACCCGUCUAACAAGGCAGCAAAGAGCCAAGUGCUACAGUGCCAGAAACACCUCAAGGAGCAGCACGAAAAGGACAAACGCCUCUACGCCAACAUGUUUCAGAAGUUUGCCGAGAGGGAUGCUAAAAAGGAAGCUGAACAGGCAAAGAAAGAGACUGACAGUGUGAUGGAGAUAGAGAAAAACGGAGCCACUGAGCAGACUGCAGCAUAAAUACGUGUUAAUUUUUGCUAUUUUUGUGUUCAUACAUUUUUUAAGGUUUUUGUUUUGUUUUUUUUUGUUUGUCUUUAUUUUUUUUACAUAAUUUGUUCCCAUGAAAUGAAUGCAUAUGUAUAGGUAUGAAGCUGGAAGUCAGUACCAUAGGAUACUGUUUUUGUUCCCUUUCUCCAGGUCUCACUGUCACUGGCACUGUGUGCAUUUAAUUUGUGUGUUUGCGUUUGUGUGAAGCAGGAAGUCGGACUAGCUGUGUAUUAUUAUUAUUAUUAUUAUUAUUAUUAUUAUUAUUAUUAUUAUUAUUAUUAUUUUAUCAUUUUAUUUUUGCCUAUUCUGCAUGAACUGCAGUAAAGAAGGCUGUAAUGCUGAAUGGAAAUCUGAUCAGUAAUUACUAAGUGGUACUGCAGCCUUCAAUAAUGAGCCCGGCCGUGAUACUGCUACUAAACGAUAUAUCAGAUCGCCACUACGUAGUGCUGCUGUACUGAACAGAUAAAGGCAUGGAACUAAAUCAAUCAUGGCGACACGACUGUUUUGUUGUUCUUCUCUAUAUGGAUGUAAACAUUUGGUAGCUGUUUUUUUUUUCUAUAUCUGUUAGUUUGUCCAUAAAGCUGUUAUGUCCACACAACUGGAAAUGCAGUAUUUAUUAUUAUUUUAAGAACGUUUGUUAUAAUUAUUAGGUUUUAGACGCUCAUAGAAAUCAAUCCAGUCUUCUGUUCCAGCCUACUGUGGUGCAGGGAAGUCAACUUUGUGUUUGUGUUGACACAGAUCAGGAUCGCUGGCUCAUUUUUCUAGAUAGGGACAUUUGAGCUGAGGUUGUAAGCAGCUAAAAUUUAGACCUGUUUAUCAGCAGUCAGUAUGCUACUUAUGCUGGUUUGUUUGGGAUGCAUGAACGGAGGUGAGUGAAAUGUGGUAAUGGUUCUCUUCAUGUUACUAACGAUCCAGUGAUGUCAAAUAAAAGAAUCCAAUCAAUUCAAUCGA